UCUCAGCACCAUUUCUUUGCUGCGGUGAAGAAGUGACCGGAAGUGUGAGCUAGUUUCUAACAGAAUUAGCGAUUUCUUCCAGUUUUCUUGUUUUAUUUUAUUGUUAAUUGAGGCCAACACCACCAGAGCCUAGAGAGGACACAAGUCUGCCCGAGAACCCAUGGGUUCUCGGGAGCUGCGGCUCCUGACCGCCGAUAAUGAGGCGUGGCUUCGUCGACCUGAGAAUGCGGGUCAGACUAUUCUUCGUGAGCGACUGAGAUUGCGCACAAGAGGAGCUCCAUACCAAACUGGACCACCCCCGAGCAGGCCACGGGACCGGAGGAGGCAGGCCAUAGAGGCGCUACCUAGGAGGAAAAUACCCCCUGGAGAGACCCAGACCUGCCCCAUCUGCCUGGCUGACUAUGACAGCGGUGAGGAAGUGACAGUACUCCCAUGCAGCCACAUGUUCCAUCACCUGUGUAUCGGCCAAUGGCUUCGCACAAAUGACAGAUGUCCGAUGUGCCGGGGGCGUUGUAUUCAUCUGAGGACUUAAAUAUCUAAAAGCCUCUGCUCCUCCCCCUUUCCCUUUCCCCACCCCUCCCCCAUCUUCCUUCCCAACCCUACCUUGCCUCCUUAUCAUUAUAAUAAAAUAAUGAUAUUUACCAUCAUUU